GAAACUGUUUUGUUACCUUUAGAAAAAUUACUUAACAUUUUAGAAAAAAUAAUUGACCCUUUUCCUUGACCACGCAGGCGAAGCCGCGUGUAAAAACUAGUCAUUUAUAAUACUCAAACUGUUUCAUAAAUGCGUUUAAUUUUAAUUAAUGCGUUGUGCAGUGAAUUCAAGGUAAUUAAUGUUGUUUGUUUCAGUAACUAAAACGACUGGGCUUACUCAGGUAGUUCACAGUGACACAAGUCUCCUAGGAAGUAUCAUUCUGGAUGAAGAAAAAUUGUCUUUGCCGGCAUCUUUAAAUUCUUUCAAACUUGAUUUACAUUUCUCGGCGCCAAACGAACACCUGCUAAGUGAUGCCGAUGAAUUUUGGCCAGCGGACAUUGUAUCUCCUACAUUAAAACCAAGCGCAAGUGUCUGUAAAUCUAUUACAUCUCUCGGUAAAAUAAUGGAAUUCGAAGAACAAAGUUUGCUCACAAGCGAUCCUUCAGAAGAAAAUUUGGAACAUAAAGUCACAGAGGGGGAACAAACUUUCAGUAUUUCACCUAAAUCAGAGUUACCCACGAAAACCGGUCAUAUAUUUAACGUAAACACCUUAAGCGACAGUUUCCCAAGAUUAAUAAGACAAUUUGUGAAUUUAGAGUAUGGUGUUAACGAACAACUUGAUACUGAAACAAAUCACGACAAUAAAAUGGAUAAGGCUCUUGAUGAAAAAGAUAAUAAUGUGGGAAUUGGUAGUGAGUUUAAAAAAUCACUCGAUCCAACAUCUAAUGUGACCGCUACAUUAGAGGAUAAAAGAGAUUUAAAAAAAACAAGUGAAAUAGAAAACGACAUAAAUGAAGUAAAAAAAAACAUUGAUAACGUACCUUUUGUAGAUCUCAAUAUCGAAUCAAAAAAUAUUACGAAUGUGGUAAAUAUAGCACAAAAUAAUGUCCAUUGCCACCACGGAGAACCAACAAAUAUAAAAAGAGAAUUUGAUAUUAAAACGUGGUGCACGGACUUGGAGCAGGGUUAUAAGAAUUUGGAAUUAUGGAAUUUAUGGAUUUCAAAUGCAUGUGAAGCAGUCCUACAAAUUAAAAAAAUAGAAGAUUCGAUAAGACUCUGCCCUAUAAGAAGUCAGCAAUAUUGGAGAAAUCUCAAAGCAAAUAUUGACAAAGAUGCAACUAUGUGGCUAAAGUUUAACAAACAAAUACAAAACAAAGCUUAUCUAAUGAGUAACAACAAUAAAAAGAGGGUAUUAAAAACAAAUUGCAAAUGUAAAAAUUCAAAAUUGAAGUCCUAUAAGUAUUUUAUUUGACACUCAAGAAGGCUACACG